AGCCACCCGGUCGACUGCUAGCUCUGGCCGAGUCUUCUGCAUCUGUGGGCGGUGCAUGAAGAGCUCCAGGUAGGCGGCUACAUUCUCCACUUCUUCCUCACUCCUCUUCCCUCCAUUUGCAGGCUGCAUCGGCGUGACGAGACGGCGGCGACAGUGCGAGAGCAGUAAGAGCGUGGAAGCAGGAUAAUGUCGUUGUGGGGCACGAAGCAGAAGAAGGACGACGACCACCCAGAGCAGAACGGCGAAAGCACCAGUCGCCCACACAGUCGACGAGACUUCGACGACAGCAGAAUGAGGGAACCCACCGAGAGAGACAGGCUGCUGCCAGCAGACAACAGACGUCCACCACACGCAGAUGGCUACCUUGACCCAGACGAUCCGGCUGUGUCGCCGUAUAAUCUAUGGACAGUCCGGUUCAUGAGAUAUCUUACCAUCCUCUUCCUGGUCCUGACAUUCCUGUGGUGGGUGCUCCUGCUCGUGAGCAUCUUCGUCUCGCCACCAGGACUGCACACUCGUGGCUCCGGCUUCUUCGAUUUCUCAUACACCACCUUGGCAGCCGGUAUUCUGUUGAACUCGCUCCUGUUCUUCUCGGCUCCAAGCCUCGCAAUGCGCGUCACACAGGGCAUUCUGGGCUUCGUACUGGUAGUCAAUGUAAUCCUUAUCGUCUCAGUGAAGAGACUACGCGCAGAAGAGGGUGCUCCAGGCAUUGCCAGUGUCGUAUGGGUGACACUGAUGGCAGUCUGGUGCAUCUCCACUGACCGCGUCGUUGCGUGGGCCAAGCGCGAAGAAGAGGAGCGCCUGACUGGUCGCCCAGAGACCAGGCGGACUCUCAAGGAAUGGCUGGCCGUCCUCGCAUCGACGACCAUCCUCGUUAUCUUUGUCCUUAUCACUGUGCUCAUGACAGCGACUCUGGUUAUUCGCAGCUUGGAUGCUGGUCUCGCCUUCGACGGCGAGCGUGUUCGUGUUGACAGUGGCAGAUACGAUGUCCAUUUUGCAUGCGUUGGCAACAAGACCACAGACAAGAAUGGCAACUCCAAUCCUACGAUCUUGAUCGAGUCGGCUGAGGACCCCGUCGAAUACGACUUCGAGCAUUGGGCGUAUGCUGCGUACAAGAACGGCACGAUCGAUCGCUACUGCUAUUGGGAUCGUCCAGGAUACGCGUGGUCGGACAACGCACCUUCACCACACAGCGCAGGCAUGUCUGCAGACAACCUUGCAGAAGCGCUUGCCAUUCAAGGCGAGGAAGGUCCGUGGAUUCUCGUUUCCGCCGGCUAUGGCAGCAUUGUCUCUCGUAUCUUCAGCGCAAGAAACUUCCGCGAGGUGGUCGGCAUCAUGUUGGUCGACGCUCUGCACGAAGACUACCUGGGUGAGCUCGCUUCGCCGGUUUCUGGAUUCCAGAUUUGGGGCUGGGGUGUCAUCAGUCCUCUCGGCCUUCGACGUAUCCUCGGCGCUGUCUUCGGCGGCCAAACAAGAGAUGAUCGCGUUUACGGCAAGUCAGCAUACCUCGGCGGCAAGUUCAUCAAAGCCAAAUUGCAGGAGAACCUCGUCGCCAACUCCUUCUCGCGACAAGAGAUCUCUUCGGCACGUACAAUUCAGGCCGAAGACACGCCUCUAGUCGUCAUCUCAUCCGGCAUUCGUGUUCGUAGCGAUGACAGAUGGGCAUCUAAGCAGCGCGAUCUGACCAACAUUACCGGGAAGCUCCUCCACUGGGACGUUGUCAACAAGGCACCCCAUUACGUGUGGCACACCCAAGAUGGUCGUGAUAUCAUGGAGAAGCGUCUCGGCCAGCUCGUAAAGGAGCACUACAAGCCACGCAAGGACCACCCUAAACUCGAACAGACCAUGGUUGAGCAGUACCGUACUGAGCACGAGCUGUGAGCACUAGUCAGUGGUCACUGAAAUGACGAAAGAGACGUCGGAACGUAAUGAAUAUACGCAAUGUGAGGGAGAUGCACAGAACCUGGGUAGGAUUGGAGAUCACAUACUUGGGCAUUCAGCAGCGUGGCGCUGGUGAAAGUACAGAUGGGACACAACAGAACAACAGGGUACGAGGAAAAUAGUGUGUUGAAAUGUAUACUGUAAUAAGGCAAAACAAUUUCAAUCUCAAAUUGUCCCAAGUCAUACUCGGCCUAGCUUUUCAGUCUACCGAUCAAAUGACAAACUCAGUCUGACUAGCCAACAAGUCCUGGGCGGCCGCCUCCCGGAAAUCAUCCUUGAUCAAUUGAUUGCCUGCAGCUUGGAAGUUGAGCAUACUUCUCGACGUGGGAGUCCACUCUGGCCACGCGAUCUGGUUUCCUCUGGCAGUGUUAGGAUCCAAGUGGUUGACAAAAGACAAGAAGUAUGUCUGAAGACGACUAGUGAUUGGAUUAUUAUCCCCAAGAAGACCAAAGUAGAACAGAAUGUCCGAGCCGUGAAGCGUGCCCAGUACAGGUGUUCCGUAGAGGUAU